UGUCCACCCACCCCGCUCUCUGGUGACCCACCUGUCAUCCUGCCAACCUUCCCAGGCUGUGAGUAUGAGGGGCAACACUACGAGGAGGGGGCCACCUUCCCGUCCAGCUCCAACCAUUGUCUGCAGUGCUCCUGCCUGAGGAGCCAGGUUCGCUGCGUGCCCCUGAAGUGCCCAGUCAGCCCCUGUCCAGAGCCAGCCCUGAGGCCUGGGCACUGCUGCCCAACCUGCCAAGGUUGCACAGAAGGUGGCUCUCACUGGGAACAUGGCCAAGAGUGGACCACACCCGGGGACCCCUGCCGAAUCUGCCGGUGCCUGGAGGGUCACAUCCAGUGCCGCCAGCGAGAAUGUGCCAGCCUGUGCCCGUACCCAGCCCGGCCCCUCCCAGGCACUUGCUGUCCUGUGUGCAAUGGCUGUUUCCUAAAUGGGCGGGAGCACCGCAGCGGGGAGCCCGUGGGCUCGGGGGACCCCUGCUCACACUGCCGCUGUGCUAACGGGAGCAUCCAGUGUGAGCCUCUGCCCUGCCCACCGGUGCCCUGCAGACACCCAGGCAAGAUCCCUGGGCAGUGCUGCCCCAUCUGCGAUGGCUGUGAGUACCAGGGACACCAGUAUCGAAGCCAGGAGACCUUCAGACUCCAAGAGGGGGGCCUCUGUGUCCGCUGCUCCUGCCAGGCCGGUGAAGUCUCCUGUGAGGAGCAGGAGUGCUCCGUCACCCCCUGUGCCCUGCCUGCCUCUGGCCGCCAACUCUGCCCAGCCUGCGUGCUGGAUGGAGAGGAGUUUGCGGAGGGAGUCCAGUGGGAGCCUGAUGGUCAGCCCUGCACCUCCUGCAUUUGUCAAGAUGGGGUAUCCAAGUGUGGGGCUGUGCUCUGCCCCCCAGUGCCCUGCCAGCACCCCACCCAGCCCCCUGGUGCCUGCUGCCCCAGCUGUGACAGCUGCACCUACCAUGGCCAAGUGUAUGCCAAUGGGCAGAAUUUCACAGAUGCAGACAGCCCUUGCCACGCCUGCCGCUGCCAGGAUGGAACUGUGACAUGCUCCUUGGUUGACUGCCCUCCCACAACCUGUGCCAGGCCCCAGAGUGGACCGGGUCAGUGUUGCCCCAGGUGCCCAGACUGCAUCCUGGAGGAAAAGGUGUUUGUGGACGGCGAGAGCUUCUCCCACCCCCGAGACCCCUGCCAGGAGUGCCGAUGCCAGGAAGGCCAUGCCCGCUGCCAGCCUCGCGCCUGCCCCAGAGCCCCCUGUGCCCACCCGCUGCCUGGGACCUGCUGCCAGAACGACUGCAGCGGCUGUGCCUUUGGCGGGAAAGAGUACCUCAGCGGAGCGGACUUCCCCCACCCCUCUGACCCCUGCCGUCAGUGUAGCUGUCUGAGUGGCCACGUGCAGUGCCUGGCCCGCCGCUGCGCGCCGCUGCCCUGUCCAGAGCCGGUCCUGCCGCCGGGAGAGUGCUGCCCGCAGUGCCCAGCCGCCCCCGCUCCCGCCGGCUGCCCAAGACCCGGCGCGGCCCCCGCCCGUCACCAGGAGCACUUCUCCCCGCCCGGCGAUCCGUGCCGCCUCUGCCUCUGCCUCCACGGCUCCGUGUCCUGCCAGCGGCUGCCCUGUCCGCCCGCGCCCUGCGCGCACCCGCACCAGGGGCCCUGCUGUCCCUCCUGCGACGGCUGCCUGUACCAGGGGAAGGAGUUUGCCAGCGGGGAGCGCUUCCCAUCGCCCACUGCCGCCUGCCAUCUCUGCCUUUGUUGGGAGGGCAGUGUGAGCUGUGAGCCCAAGGCGUGUGCCCCUGCACUGUGUCCCUUCCCCACCAGAGGCGGCUGCUGCCCUGACUGUGAUGGCUGUGAGUACCUGGGGGAGUACUACCUGAGUAAUCAGGAGUUCCCGGAUCCCCGAGAACCCUGCCACCGGUGUACCUGCCUUGGAGGCUUCGUGACGUGCGGCCGCCUGCCCUGUGAGCCUCUGGGUUGCAGCCACCCGCUCAUCCCAUCUGGGCACUGCUGCCCAACCUGCCAGGGUAGGGCCACACCUGCCCUUCCAUUCCCCCUGCUGGGGCUCCCCGGGGACAAGCCUCCCACAUCAGCCCUCCCUUGAGACAGACACAUGCAGGCACUCUCGCCCAGGCUUCCCCAGGUGCCUCUCACCCACCCUGCUCUCCUCCCAGCCCUCCCACUGCCUGCCGACCCCACCCCACCGUACUAUUCUCUCACUCUCUGAU